CAUCAAAUGUGCAGUGCACACCUGAAAUUGAAAAGAAAUAUGUGCAUCGUGUUUAUGAUGCCAUUGCUCCCCAUUUUAGUUCAACUCGAUUUGCAAAGUGGCCAAAAGUUGCAUCCUUUUUAUCAUCGUUACCUCUAGGGUCCCUCGUCCUGGAUGCUGGCUGUGGUAAUGGAAAGUACUUGGGUUUUAAUCCCAACUGCUUUUUCAUUGGAUGUGAUAUUAGUGCCCAACUUAUCAAAAUUUGUGAUGAGAGGGGGCAUGAAGUUUUGGUGGCUGAUGCAGUAAAUCUUCCUUACAGAACUGGUUUUGGCGAUGCAGCGAUCUCUAUAGCUGUAUUACAUCAUCUAAGUACUGAAAACAGGAGGAGGAAAGCAAUCGAAGAAUUAAUCCGUGUUGUCAAGAAAGGUGGCCUAGUUUUAAUAACAGUCUGGGCUGUUGAACAAGAGGAUAAAUCUUUAUUGACGAAAUGGAUGCCACUUUCAGAGAAGUAUGUUGAUGAGUGGGUUGGACCAGGUAGUCCGCGUGUUCGUAGUCCAUCGUCGUUGGCACUUGAAAGCAUUCCUGAAAUGAAUGAGAAUCAUGCAGGUGUUUCCCUAAAGGAUUCCAAGGAAAACUUCACUGGAAGCAAGCCAGAAAAUAAACCUCUACCCUCUCGGAGUGGAAAUGAUUUUAUGAAUUGUAAUGAUGAAAACUUGUUGAAGAUCCAGCAAGAAUAUUUUGUCCCAUGGCACUUACCUUAUCAUCGUGCAGAAGUCAGUGGGUCGUCUGCCAGUGCCCUUGCUAGUGGUUUGGCAAAGAAGGAUGAUAAGAAAGCUGCUGUUGUGUAUAACAGAUACUAUCAUGUUUUCAGUGAAGGCGAGCUUGAAAGGUUGGUGUCUGGUAUGGACGAUGCGGUAGUGGUUGAUCGAUUUUAUGACAAAUCAAACUGGUGUGUAGUUCUUGAGAAAACAGUGUGAGCAAUGAAAUGAGGUAUUAUGAAGAUGAUUCAAUCUUGCCUGCUUGUUGUGCCAACUCAAACCGUGCUGAAGAUGGUCUAUGGAGUUGUAUCACUGUUGCUAUCUCGGCUUUGUUUUCAUCGUCCAGUCAUAGUUUGGGGGUAGCAAUCUCUGCAGGCUCUUUAGCCAAAAAAUGCUGUCACUGUUAAGGAUUUACGAUUGUGUAUUAUGAUUAAUAAGGCGGUGGAUUGCCCUUUAAUUCAGUUCUAAAUUGUUUGUGUUGAAAAGGUUGGGCUUCUAUAUAAUAAAUUUUUGUUUCUGCUA